UCAGAUUGAUGUUUUAGACUAUUAGAGUUUAGACUAUUAUUAUCACUCGUCUGUAUCUAUCUCUAUCUAUCACUUAUAUUUGUGUAACACACUGAGGGAUUCCAAAAAAUAUAAUCGUCGUAAGUAACGUACGUAAUGCUGUUUCUUAAGAUUAUGAGUAACACGCAAUCCUUCACUGACAAUGCAACACUCAAUCCUUCUUUAUUAACAAGCCGAUGUACUAUUACGUUGUUUGUUGCCGCGCAGUUAAACGUUACCGUGUCAUGUGCAUAGACGUCGGAUACAGGCAAUAGACCAAUCACAGCGACCGAAGUGUAAGCUAGUGUAGAGGGUGUGUUCUGUUUCACACAUGAUAUGCAUGUUGCAUCAUGCGUGAAACGGAACGCAUCCUAGCACUCUCUACACUAGCUUACACUUCUAGUCCUUCGGAUUUCGGUCGCUGUGUGAUUGGUCUAUUGCUGUAUCCGACGUCUAUGCACACGACACGGUAACGUUUAACUGCGCGGCAACAAACAACGUAAUAGUACAUCGGCUUGUUAAUAAAGAAGGAUUGAGUGUUGCGUUGUCAGUGAAGGAUUGCGUCUUACUCAUAAUCUUAAGAAACAGCAUUACGUACGUUACUUACGACGAUUAUAUUUUUUGGAAUCCCUCAGUGUGUUACACAAAUAUAAGUGAUAGAUAGAGAUAGAUACAGACGAGUGAUAAUAAUAGUCUAAACUCUAAAACAUCAAUCUGACAAAUUUCGCCAAUAAACAAACAAUAAACAACAGAGAUUUAUAUAUUGUAAUUUAUCAACAACACAAUGUCGAAAAGAAAAAGAGGAUCUUAUAAAAAAUAUCUGACAGACGAUUCUGAAGAAAUUCCUGUAACAACAAAAUAUUCUCGUCUAUUAAGUGCAAAAAAAGGGAAAAUAGGAAAACAGAUGGAUCAAGAAUGUGAUCAUGAACAAAAUGAUGUUAUUAUCCAAGAACAUUCUUUCCAAGAAUCUUUCGAAAAAGAAAAUCUGAAUCACCAUUAUUCUGGACUUAACAAUGAAAAUAAUAAGUCUAAAGAAGAUGAAAAUGAACAAGAUUAUCAAUCUGAAAAUGAAUCUGAAAAUAAUGAUUGUUUUGAUAAUAAAAAUGACAAUAAUGAAAUGUAUUAUUUUGACGAUAAUGGAGAGCUUUAUGAAGAUGAUAAUAGUUCUGAUAGUGAAGAAAGUGAGAACCAUGAUGAAUAUCAAGAAUACUCACAAGAACCUACACGAUUGUCUAUAUAUGAAGGAUGUGAUUUAAGUAAAGAAGAAAGUCAAUUGAUGAUAAUGAGUAUGGCAAUUCAAAACAAAUUGACUGAUUCUGCAUUACAAGCUUUACUUCAAAUUAUUGAUUCUCAUUUGCCUUAUAGGGUAUAUUCCUCAAAGUAUCAUUUUCUACAAUUUUUUCCAAAGGUAGUUUUCUGUAAAUAUUAUUUUUGUCCAACGUGCUUUAUUAUAUUGACAUUUCAUUGUGAUACUAUUACUGAAUGUAAUAACUGUCGAAAACGUUAUGAACAAAACCAAUUACAAAGAAAUUUUAACUAUUUUUAUCAUUUUUCAUUGAAGUCGCAGUUGAUCGAGUUAUUAAAAACUAAAUUAUUUACACAAUUUAGAAAAAAUAGUCUCAUUGAAAGUGAUAUUGUAGAUGGAAAACUUUAUCGUAAGUUAAAAGAACAAAAAGUUAUAUGUGAUAACGAUAUUACUAUUCAGUGGAACACAGAUGGUGUAGAAAUAUUUAAUUCGUCCACAUACACUAUAUGGCCGAUUCAAGUAUGUAUAAAUGAAUUACCAUAUCGAGUUAGAAGAGAUAACAUUUUGCUUUGUGGAUUAUGGUUUUAUAACCAUAAACCACCAAUGGAUUUGUUUCUUCGUCCAUUCAUAGACGAACUUUUAGAAUUAGAAACAAAUGGAUUCUGGUGUGUUCCAUAUAAACACAAGGAACCCAUACUCGUAAAAGUUUAUACACUUCUUGUAGCUGUAGAUACAAUAGCUAGACCACUUAUUCAAAACAUGAAGCAAUUUAAUGGUGCAUAUGGAUGUUCAUAUUGUUUCCAUAAAGGAGAACAAACUUUAAUUGGAAGAGGUCAAACACGUAUAUAUUCUGGUAAUAAAAGCAUGUUACGAAACAUAAAGCAACAUUAUAAACAUAUUGAAAGAGCUAAUAAUGAAGGAAGACCAGUAAAAGGUGUUAAAGGUCCUUCAGUAGUAAUGCUUUUAAGUACAUGUCAUAUUAUUCAUUCUUUUCCACCAGAAUAUAUGCAUUCAGUUUUAUUAGGCGUGACAAAAUUAUUUGGAAGUCAAACAUUGUGGUUUGACUCAGUUAAUAAUAAUAAAGAUUGGUACUUAGGCUUAAAAGUUACUGAAUUCAAUAAUAAAUUACUAGCUAUACGACCUCCUUGUGAAAUUACAAGAACGCCACAAUCUGUGAAAAAUACAAAAUAGAAAGCAAACGAAUGGAAAUCUUUCUUAUUGUAUUAUUCGCUUAUUUGCUUGAAUGAUAUAAUGCCACGAAAAUAUAUUAAACAUUGGUUACUAUUUGUAUAUAGCAUUUAUAUUUUUUCCAAAACAAAAUUUACAGAUAACGAGUUUGAUAAAGCGAAAAUAGCACUUUAUGAAUUUGUUUUAAAUGUCGAGUUACUCUAUGGAAAAGAAUAUAUGAAAUAUAACUUACAUAUGAUGCUUCAUUUGCCAGAUUAUGUGAAAAAAUACGGUGCCGUAUGGGCAUGGUCAGCAUUUCCGUUUGAACACUUUAAUGGUAUAAUAGCAAAGAUGUUUCAUGGAAGUCAAUGUAUACCACUACAAAUUUGUACAAUUUAUUCCAGAAUAAGAUAUAUUAAACAAAAUUCAGAUAUCUUUAGUAGGUCUAAUUGUAGUAGACAAGGAAAGAAAGUGUUUCAAUAUAUAAUGAAA